AUGGAAAAAAAGUCUAUCAACUCCUACUCAACUAUAGACUCGUACGCUGUUAAUCUCCAGAUUAAAAUUCGUUCAAGCGUUUGCAAAAAGCAAAAUCAUUCUCCUAGAUUAAAUAAUGCAAAUAUUAACUUGAUUAAACAUGACCCAGAGAAUGGGAACAACUAUAACUUUCUCAGAGAAAAAUUGAAGAUAAAAGAGUUCAAACGUAACACUGCACUUACUCUUAGCAAGUUUCAUUAGUCCUAACCUAAUCUAUUUUCUAAUCACUAUGAGGGUGAGAUUGAUGAUGAUAAUUUCUUCUAUGGUGGAAUGGGUAGUAAUCCUAAGCAAGAGGAAUAGAAAUAUCAAUUUGAUGAUGAAGGAAAUUUGAUGCUAAUUAGAAAACCCAAGAAAAAGGAGAUUUAAAAGAAGGUGUUUGAUCUAUCAACUAAAGAGUCUGCGAAUGAGACAUUUAAAUCUUAAACAUAGCCAUUUCUGCUGAGAAGGAAACUCAGGAAUAAUAAAGCUGGUAAUGCUACUCCCAGCACUAACACUUAAUCAGCCAAUGGUGGCAAUUAGUAUUUAUCUGAGACUGAUAUAUCGAAGAAAGCCCAAGAGUGCACUAAGAUAUUAGAAACUGAUGAUGUCCACGAGCGCAAGAGGAUUGAAAAGGAGAUUUGGAAUGAAACUAGAAGACUCUAGAGCCAGCUACAAGAAAUCAAAGAUAAAAGAAGGACUUUACUCUUUAGUAACAAUGAGAUUUACAUUAAGAUGGCUAAAAAUAAAGAAGAAAUGAAGAAAGAGGAGCGUAACUUCCAAAGAAGGAUAAAGGAGAGCAAAGGCAUUUUAGAAAAAAAACUUCAGAGCAAAAAUAAAUUAUCUCUGGGUGACUUUAUGAAAAUGAAUAUGGAAAAAGAUAGAGUAAACUAGAUGAGGGUAGAUAAGCUAAACCUAGAUAAGAGACUUAAUGAGCUGAAGGAGAUUAAUUGUGAAAAGAUUUACUAUAUCGAGGAGGAAAUGUCCAUAGUUAAGACAGAGUUGGCCUUUAUAAGAAAUAUAUAGAUAGAAUACUAUAGCAAGUUACUUAAACAAGGAAAUGACAUAAGAGGUAAGGGCCUUAUUUGGAUAAUAGAAACACUCUGGGACUUGGAAUAUAAGAUUGAUAAAUUGUAAUUACCAGAAAUACUUGAUGAAAGAUCGAAGGACUUUAUAUUAGAGAUCGCAACUAAGGACUAUGAGAUGGCAUAGAUUAAGACUGAGUAUCAGAAAUAUAAGCUGCAAUUGAAAAUGAUACUUGAGAACGAGAGUAAGUAAGGAUCAGCUGAGAAUAGAAAGACUUAGUCUAAAUUUCAAGAGAUAAUAAGAUAGAAAAACUAGAUACUUAACAACCUCUGGUGCGGGGGGAAAGUUGAAAAUAGAAAAAUAGAUCUUGAAAGAAUAAUUUCACCGAAGUCACCGUAGCAUAACAUAAGUCAAUCAUAUGAAAGCGAUGGAAUCUUUUGGGGUAAUAGACAUGAAAAAAAUGAGUCAUUAGAGGAAAAGUAGUCAGCCUUUGACUAAAAGCUUUUCCUUAAACUAUAGAAUGUAGUUACGAACAGCAGCCCAGGAGAUAGAUAAUUAAGUGAAAGUGACAUGUAUGAAUUAUAAAAUGCUAAUGUGAAAGUAAAAGAAUUUGAAGAUAAGCUAGGAAAGCUUAAUGAGGAAAUCAAGGAGAUGAAGCAAAGAGAGAUAGGAAGGAUAGUCAAGGACUGUAUUAAUGAAAAUUCCUAUAUAUCUAAAAGCCAAGUUAACAUCAAGAACUUAAUAUACAUGCUAUUUGGAGAGACUACAUAUGAGAUUGAAUUCUUUAGAUAAUUAAGACAUACAUAGGCUAACAGAGAAAGUGUACAAAAGAGGGAAUAAAGAUAGUAGAAGAUAAGAAUCUUAAGUAGAUGA